CAGAUAAGUAAAAGCCCAACUCCUAAAGGAAGAACAAGAAGACAGGAUCUGAAGCCGAAAGAAUCUCUUUUCCCUGCAGUUUUCAGUUUUAUGGUGGGUAGUAUUACAAGGGUAGUGCGCAAUUACGCAUAACCAGGGAAAAAUAGAGAUUAUUCCAGCAUUGCAUUCCGUUAUUAAUAAAAAGCAGCGUAAAAUCGCAGACUUUUUGAACGUGGAUUUUGACGAGUGCUUGAAGAAUGACGGCUGAGGUCCAGCAGCCCUCAGUGCAGACCUCUGCUCACAGUAGCCCCAUGUCGGAGAAACCGCACGGACAGACGCCUGUGAUGGAAACCUCCUCUUCCUCCUCCAGCACCAAAACUAAAAAGACGAACGCUGGAAUUCGUCGUCCUGAAAAGCCCCCGUACUCUUACAUCGCUCUCAUUGUCAUGGCCAUCCAGAGCUCUCCAACCAAACGACUCACUCUGAGCGAAAUUUAUCAGUUCCUACAGAGCCGCUUCCCGUUUUUCAGAGGUUCGUAUCAAGGCUGGAAAAAUUCGGUGCGUCACAAUCUGUCUCUGAACGAGUGCUUUAUCAAGCUGCCCAAGGGUCUGGGAAGACCUGGUAAGGGUCACUACUGGACCAUCGACCCGGCCAGUGAGUUCAUGUUCGAGGAGGGAUCUUUCCGCAGGAGGCCGCGGGGAUUCAGGCGCAAAUGUCAGGCGCUCAAACCUUCCAUGUACAGCAUGAUGAACGGGCUGGGAUUCAAUCACAUACCCGAGUCCUAUAACUUUCAGGGGGGCGGAGGGGGCCUGUCUUGUCCUCCAAACAGUUUAUCUUUGGAGAGCGGGAUUGGGAUGAUGAAUGGACAUUUGGCCAGCAAUAUGGAAGGAAUGGGCUUGGCAGGACACUCCAUGUCCCAUCUAUCAGCGAAUAGUGGACAUUCCUACAUGAGCAGUUGCACGGGAUCCUCAGGGAGUGAGUACCCCCACCACGACAAUUCCGCAUCGCCGCUUCUCACCAGCGGGGGAGUGAUGGAGCCGCAUGCUGUGUAUUCUAGCACGGCCUCAGCCUGGCCUCCAGCGCCCCCGGCCUCUCUAAAUAAUGGGGCGUCUUACAUCAAACAGCAACCGCUCUCUCCGUGCAACCCGGGAGCCAAUCCACUGCAGCCCAGUUUACCCACACACUCUCUGGAACAGUCCUACCUGCACCAGAACGGCCACGGCACCGCCGACCUUCAAGGUAUGCCGCGCUACCAUUCCCAGUCUCCCAGCAUGUGUGACAGGAAAGAAUUUGUCUUCUCUUUUAACGCCAUGACCUCUUCAUCGAUGCAUUCACCAGGGAGCAGCUCGUACUACCACCAUCAGCAGGUCUCAUAUCAGGACAUCAAACCCUGUGUGAUGUGACAGCAUUUUUACAAAGAAGACUUAAUGCAACGGCAAGCAACAGAGUAAACUGACCCAAAUGGAACCAUGGAGGUCUACAAGUGGCUCUUUUGGAUAUAUACAUGGAAUUAAAAAAAAAAAAAUGCCGUUUAUUACUAAUCAGAACUUGGCAAUAGAAACGCACUGUUUGAAAAUUACAAACUCAAAGGAACACUUCAAAAAGUCCGAUUCUCCACUUAGAGAGAAUUCAAAAUGGAAAACUCUUCAGCUUCAGAUCUCUGCGAAUAAUAAGAUCGAGACCAAACUAAAAGUCACAGUAUCUCGUUUCCAACAGCUCGGUACUAACUCUGCUGGCGGAUGACUACCACACUCGGAGAUGCAAAGAUGAGUGAAACGCUUCAAUGUUGAUAUACUGUUAUUCUUAAAGACGAGUUUGUAUUGUUUGGAUAAACGUUUUAUCUACAAUCAUUUUCAUUUCGCUUUAAAUGAUGAAAACCAUAAGCACGCGAAAUGGAGGCACUUUUAAACCAUAACGCGCAACUUAUUUAUUCUAUUAAAAUGGUUAUUUUUAGGCUACAGUUAUAGCCACAGUAUUGACCGCUUUAUUGGCAAUAUUUGCCCAAUGUAACAUUAAGGUUAAAUAUAAGCACUGUUAGUUAUUUUGAUUGUUUAUUUAGUUGUAAAUACAUACAUAUAUUGACACGUCUUAUUUCUCAAACACUGUAUAAACUGUACAUGGUGUAAGACAUCUUUUAGUAGGAUUUCUUUUCAAUGAAUUUAAAUAUUAGUUGAUGUAAUCCUUUAGUUCAAUUGAAAAUUAAAGUAAUGGCAUGGAGUUUGCAAUAUCUGUUUAAAAUAUGACUUUUCUAAACAAGAUAUAAUAUGUUUUCUGAAUUUGAAUUGUAUAGGUUUGUGGACUAAAUUUCUGCAUUAUUCAUCGAACCAGUAAUUAAGCUGAAUGUAGAAUUUAAAGACGUAUAGGCCAAUAUGUAAUGCCAGAUAAAAAAAAUACAAAAUAAUGGGAAAUAACUACAAUAAUAUUGCUUAAAUUUUAGUGCCAGCAAUAACAACUAUAUUGUUGUUGUUGUUAUUAUUUAUACAGAUGUUACAGACAGUUAUUAUUUUGUGCCACAUUCUUCAUGAUUGAUUUUAUUCCUAGGGAGAAGUUGACCGCAUAAAGUUUACUCACAUUUAAUAAACCAAAUAUACGUACAAAACCAAGGUAUUUUUUCAAAAUAGUGUCCACUAGUAUAGCUUAAAAUGAAAUAUUAUGAGAACACUAAUUCCAGUGUAAUGCAAAUAUAUUCUAUAAAAAAAAUUCAUAUCAUACAGAAAAAAAUAGCAAGUUAAUUUUAUUAAAAGUUGUUUUAUUUUCUAUACAGAAUAAUAAUCUUUCAUAAUAAUAAGGUGAUUUGACAUUCAUAAUGAAAAAAACGAUGUAAUAUUAUGUUAAUAGUCACAGUGUAAAUUUACAAUAAAGCAAUACAUAUACUCAGAUAUUAAAGAAACAAACGUUUUUCAUAUUAAAUCUAAUUUUCUAGUUUUGCUAUAUAAGAGUCGAUCCGGUCAGUUUAACUAGUCUUGUACAAUAUCGAAUAAGACAAAAUCAUCAUGGAAUUGUUUAGAUAAAUUUAAAAAUACAUGGAUAAGACAUUCGGGUCAAUAUUAAAAAAUAAAAUAUUCCUUAGGUUUAGAAAAGAUCAAUUUUCUUGUCAAAAACAUUGUGUACCUCAUAUCAGUGUAUUGGUUUCCGGGUUAGACAAGAACAAGAGAAUAAAUUUUCUUUUUCGAAAAGGUUAUCUUGUAGGACAUGAGACUUUAAAACUUUUUCUCUUUUUUUGUUCUAAUUCGAGGUUUUGCUUAUUUAUUUGUUUUAAAAAUUAUAUCCGGCUAAAAUGGGGAAAUAAACGGUUGGCAGUAUUGGCAGAGCAUCUGGAGAUCUUACAGGAGUCCCCAGCGGACACAAUGUUGACCCCCGCACGAGCGCACACACGCAUCAACUAUUAGUGCGUGGCCGUGACCAUGAGCUGAACUCGUAGAGAUUCCCAUGGAUGUUCACAUGAUAGUGGCCACACAUGAACAGAGCAGGGCAGCAUUUCCCAAAAGCAUUGUAAGCCUAAGUUGAUCGUAGCUCCAUUGCCACUAAUGGAGCUACGAUCAACUUGCUUACGAUGCUUUUGGGAAACGCACCCCAGAGCUGUCACACUUUUUUCUCAGUGAAUGUUUCUCAGGGCAAGUGCAUUAUUGACACACAACUUUUAGUAUAAUGACUACAAAGAUAUAUUUUUAUCAUAACAGAAUAAUAAAUUAUUGACUACUAAUAUCUACAUUUAAUAAUACAAAUUAAUAAUAAUAUUUUUGUUUGUUUGUUUGUUUGUUUGUUUUGUUUUUUUUGGUAUAAACUAAUGUAUUUAGGUUCAGCGAUAUUAAAUAAUAUUUUUGAUAUUAAAUAAAAUGUUAACAUUUUAGGUUACCAUUUGUUCCAGUGCAAUCGUACGAAUUAUGACGCACUUGGAAAACAGCCCGUUAUACUAAGUAGUACUUGGAAAAUCGUCGUAUAUGACGUUCAUUUUUUUGUUCGUCCUACUAGUGCUCUUGGCCUCGUUUCCCGCGCGACGCUACGAUCUUUAGUAGCCUACGUUUUAUACGUGCGUGUCCCAAAAAAGCACUUAACAUGAACAUGCCAGUCCGAGCUUUAAGUGGUAAUUAGAGUGUUACUGUUGUCUGUUCAUGAAAUGCUAAUUGUAAAUUGAAAUGAUUUAUUGAAAUGUAAAUCAUUCGGCCUAGGUAUAUACAACUUUAUGCGUAACGGUAUAAAAUACAUAAUUUACUUGUGGGAGAGGAUUUACGUUAUUUUUCUUUUUUAUUUGAUAUAUAAUAAAAAUCAAUCAAAUUUUCUAUAAAAAUAUACCUUAGUUAUUUUGUGCUUAUACACAAUUACUGCUUUAUUCAUCUGAUUGCAAUUUGCAGAGUUUUAUUUGAUAAAAUUCACCAGUGGACAGAGGCACGACCUUACAGGAUCAGUGAAGACAGCGGUCAAUUGACCUAUCGCCCAGUGACUGAUAUUGAUCUUAUCGCUAGAUGGUCUGCUCUUUAGUCGCAGAAGAGAUAAUCUGAAAUCAAAGCUGAAUAACAUAGUGCAUAGCGCCCUUGGGUGUUAGAGAGGGAAAAAGAAGGGGUUGUUGAAGAUGUCAUGGAAAAGCCUUUUGGCGAGCCACUCAUUCACUGAUUAAAAACUGUAAUAUCUAUACGGGUGAUUGAAACGCACCAUUAAUAACUAUUUAUGUUUACCGAACAUUUAAUAAACAUAACACUGCAUCAAUGAUUCUUAAUAUAAUUUUUAUCUUAAAUAAAAUGCUACCGUUUGCUACCGCACGUCUAUAAAAUAAAUGCACCCUCCUUGUUUUCUAGCGUAUAUAACUCAACUGUCCAGGUAAUGUUAAUGGUAGGCUAUUACUCAGUGGUGGCCAAAAUUACGAUUUAAAAUCCUUGGCUUACAACUGGUCAUUUAUUUUUUCUGUUCCUAUCAAAUAAUUUGACAGACACGUUUUAUUUCUUAUUCAAAAUCUAUUCACGCCCCCAAUAAAAAAUCCUAAUCAAAUGGUUGAAACCAUCUAUUUAGAAGAUUAAAAAGACCGUACAAUAUAUUACAUUUUAAAAACAAAUGCUCUAAAUUCUCUUCCUUUGCACAAAACCUACAUCCAUGCCCACUACUGGAUUCAGGUGCUGUAGCUACCACCCUGUGAAUAAUCCUUUUUGCUUCUGUACUGGAGGUUUAUACAGGGUCCUCCACCUGUCCAGUGCCGAUCCUACACUUCUGGGGGCCCUAAGGAAAACUUUGUGAAGGGGCCACUGUUAGUGAAUUCUUAAAAACCCCAAAAUUUCCAUAAACUUAAGUAAUAAUUACAAUGGUUUUCAGUAUGUAAGGUGCACUAUCACCCAAGUUGCAAAGACAUUUGGCCCUGAUUUGGCAUGAAGCCGGCACAGCUGGCAUUCAGUCGGCACUGGCAUAAGGCAUGUGAACUGAACAUGGCCCGGGUAUGGUGGAGAUGGAACUGUCUUUAAGAUGGCAAACAAAAUAUGGGCCAAUUGUUAAGUGUAUUAUUUAGCCCACAUGUAAAACAUAGAACUGCAUGUAAAUGUAGCCCACAUGUAAAACAUAGAAAUUUCCCACAGAUAUUUCAUAAAUGAUAAUAUUUCAUACACACAGCUGUUUCCCCUAUUCCUGUUUGCAACAUGGGUUUAUUGCUGUCUAUCAACAAGGUUUCAUCAAUAAUUAAGAAACACCAUAAACUUUAAAUUUACAUUAGCCUACAUUUAGGCUACAUUUAAUCAUUCAGCAAAAUCUUUUAUCCAAAGAGAUUUACAAUAGAGGAUAACAGAAGUAAGCAAACCAACAAAAGCACAAUAUAUAUAUAUAUAUAUAUAUAUACACUAACACUACAUAUAAAUGUUAGAAGGAAGCAAGCUUUUUAAAUUAGAAGCAGAUAGAACUUUAAUUGUUUGAUUAUCUUAAUUCAUGCAUAAGACAAAGCCAAUUUCACACAUAUUUCUUCUCUCUGAAAAUGUCCUAUUAUGGGGGAAAUUUUUAAUUUUUUUUUUUAAAAAUCUGGAAAUCAAGUCGCAUCUAGAAAAGCGCAAUGCUUCUUGGGUUUGCAGUUUUAACCUCAUUGUAGUCAUUACACACUCAAUCUUGUACCUUUGUCCUUUUGUUCGAUUUUGGAAUAUUUUUUUUCUUCAGUUGAAAGUGUGUAAUCUUGUGAUUUAGCUGGGUUGGUUAAUGGUUUAGAACGCUUUAACCAAGAUUAAAAAAAAAAAAAAAAGAAAAGAAAAAAAGAAAAACUACUCCCGGAAUCAGCGCUAUUGAAGAAUUGGGCGGGCUGAAUGCACUUGAGGCGGCACUUCUCUAACGGUCGUGGACUUCUCAACUCGAGCAAAGCGAGCGAAGUUUGGUAAGUGAAUAUUAGAACAUAUUAAAUAUAUUUGAUUUGACGUUGCUUUUUUUUGGAUUGUAGAGUUAGUAUGAGUUAACAUUGGAAAGUUAUAAAGUUAAAGAUGUGGCUAACAAUGAAUCGUAGCUGUUAGGCCUAUAUUAAAAUGUAAUGUUAGUUCACUAAUGUUAAAUGUUCGUCGAUUACAUUCAGAUGACAUCAGACAUCUUUAUUUUAUUUCACAGACGUUUAUUUAUUUAAAGUUAAGUGACAUACACAGAUGGAUUAGCAAAAAAAAUAAAAUAAAUAAAUAACUGUAUUUUUAGCAAGUAAAUGUUGCCAUGUUGUAAUAUUCAAGUUGUGUAGAUUUAAUAAUACAAUGGUGUUGUUUGACAAAUUAUUUAACGAGAGCAAAUGGGUUUGUGUGUUUUGAUCGUUUGUCUUUCAAUUUUAAAUGAAAUAAGCAGAAAUGAAAAAACAACAACACCUUUAUUAUUUUUUCUGUUUGUUCAAAAAAAAAAAAAAAAAAAAAAAGAUUUCUGCUUGAUUUUUUUUGGUUCACGUUUUUAACCUGUGAACCAAAAAAGGAAAAUAAAGUAAAAAUCUUUUUUUUUUUCCUUUUUUUUUUUUCUUUCUUGGAGGCACUCCUGACCUCUACCCAAGAUGCCAUAGCAGUCCUGAGCUCAACCCAAGAGACCAUAGCAGACAAAUUAUCACUGAGCGCUGUAAGUCGAGGCACAUCAGCUCUGAGAUUUGUCCAUUAAGGCAUGCCAGCAGUGAGAUCCACACAUCAAGCAACACCAGCACUGAGAUGGGUAGACCAAGUCAUGCCAGCAGUGAAAUUCGCAGAUCAAGUCAUGCCAGCUCUGAGAUCCGUAGACCAAGCCACGCUGCACCUUCUCUAGUCCCAUCAAAGCAUACUGAGCCACACCAGGGAGCAGACAUCUAGUUUGCAAACAUCCCUCCUGCGUAAUAUAUUAACAAAACAGGAAAUGAUGAUGGACCAACUGCGAAUCAUCUUCAAGACCCUGCCGAAUAUGAAAUCGGCUGAUGAGUCAGAGACAGUCCUGGAUCGAAAUUUGUUGCCACUUAAAGAUGUCAGUUCUCUUCAUGAAAUAGAGGAACAACUGCAUAGUAAUCCUGACCUCCAGAAACAGUUGCGGCUGUGAGGCGUAACUGUCUGACGUCUGCAGCCACAGAAAAGGACAUUGAUUCCACCAUCAAAAGAUGGCUAUAUCUGGCCCCGGAUAGGGAUGGUGGCAGGAGAGUGAGGAUGAAGAGAAAAGAGCAUCAGGAGAGAACAACAGGUUAACGAACUUGUGACUUGUUUGGAUGUUCAAGAGUUGUGUGCACAGUGCCACUUGUUCAUGAACUGAAUCAGAUGUUGAAGAGUUGUCGUGUGCACAGUGCCACUUGUUCAUGAACUGAAACAUAGAUGUUCAAGAGCUGUGUGAAGCAUGGCAUUGACAUUCAAGCAUUGUUUUUUGUUGUUUUGUUUAAAUGUGAAACAAUAAAUAUUUUUUCAGAA